AUGGAUAAAUUUGGCAUUAUAUGGUUGUUUGCAGGCAUCGCUUAUAUAAGAGCAGACACCUGCGAAAGACCAUGGAAGAAAUUUGGGGAAAGCUGCUUCCUGAAAACCGGAAAGAAGCUAAAUUUCUGGGAAGCUGAACUGGAGUGCGCCGCCAAGAAUUCACAUCUGGUAACCACGAUCCCAAAACUUGCCGACCAUGAGGCCUUCACAAACGCGACCGAGAAUACAGGUUCCAUCUGGAUGGGCGUCACAAAGAUGCCGGCAGAGAUGUGGAUCCACGGCAAGCCCAAGGUUGGAUGCGCCAUGUUGCCUACUGAUUGGGCAACCGAGGAUGGUGUGCUGAAGGCGGGCCUAAUUUCAUGUGAAUCGGAAGCUUUUACAGUGUGUGAGCUUCCGCUGGAUGUGGUUCCUGAAGCCCCUAAACUUGAAUGCCCUGAAGGGUGGAUGGCGGGACCGCACAGCAAGAUGUGCUACAAGGUAAACGGCACUAUGAGGAACUUCAUGGAGGCCAAAGAUUAUUGUGUCGGUGAUGGGGGCACGAUCGUCUGCCCGUCGAACGUCACGGAAAAUGCGUUUUUGACUCAAUUGAUCAGCAAGGAACAUCUGCUAGCGAUAUGGAUUGGAGGUUCUUUGGACAUGAAAGAUAAUUGGAGCUGGCUGGACGACUCACCGUGGGGACUGGAGGCCUGGGUUGAAGGAACGAAGCCAAAUUUGGCAAACGGUCGCUGUCUACAGUUGUAUGGCAAUGGGCGAUCUGUCAAGGCCGGCUGGCCGCGCUAUUGGUCGAACGCCCACUGUGAAAACUCCAAGGCCGCAGUCGCUUGCAUGAAGCCGGCCACAAGCGUGACCGAGGCAAAGCUGCGGAAGCUUCAUGAUGGAGGGAAGAAA